UCCUCUCCGCACCACACGGCUCCAUCUCGUUCUCGUCGUCUCACUCGAGGCCAGUAGUCCCUGCCGCGGCGGGGACGCAACCGCCGCCAGCCACUCGCCCGCCCAAUGGCUGCGUCACUCCGCUCCCCGCCGCCCGUGGCCGCCGCCUUCCGCGGCUCUCGCGCCGCAGCUGUCGUCGUCUGCGCGUCCUCCUCCUCUUCCUCCUCAUCGGCCGUGUCGUCCGCUCCCAAGGCGCGCUUCGUCGCCCGCCGCUCCGAGUCCGCCUCCGUCCGCCAGCUCGCCCGACCCCUCGCGGAGUACAUGGGCCUUCCGGCGAGCCAGUACUCGGUGCUCGACGCCGAGCGCAUCGAGCGCGUCGACGAGUCCACCUUCCGCUGCUACGUCUACCGCUUCCGAUUCUUCGCGCUCGAGGUCUGCCCCGUCCUCCUCGUCCGCGUCGACGAGGAGCCCAACGGAUGCUGCAUCCGCCUCCUCUCCUGCAAGUUGGAGGGGUCACCCCUUGUGGAGGCGCAGAAUGACAAAUUCUCAGCUUCCAUGGUGAAUAAGGUUUUCUGCAACAACAGUUCAGAUGGCUCAACACUUCAACAACUUACGUCGGAUGCUACAAUCGAGGUUACAAUUGACAUACCAUUUCCCUUUCGAGCGCUACCAGUCGAAGCCAUUGAAUCAAGUGGGAGGCAAGUGCUUGAGCAGUUACUACGAGCCAUGCUUCCACGAUUUCUGAAGCAGCUCGAUAAAGACUACCAAGCUUGGGCUUCAGGCGAUUCUUCAAGGAAGCCACUUGGCACUGGGGAAAUUUGAAGCUACCGUUAUCUCCGGGGGCAUGAUAGGUUUUCUUGGUUAAUUACUAGUUCAUGCCACGUGAUGGGAGUAACAAGCAUGUCCAUACAUCAUCCAUUUGGUCAUGACAGUUUGUACAUGUUUAACAAUUGGCCCCUGGUUUUAUAUGUUGCAAUCCUGCUGUCAUGGCAUC